UUAAGAGCUGCGCCUCUCAGGCUAUAAAUCCCGUCCCCCGCUCCUUCUCGUCAACAUUGCCAAGCGACGAAGAGAAGAGGAGUUUCAGAAACAGAAAGCAGGUGAAAUAUGGCUCGUACCAAGCAGACCGCUCGUAAGUCUACCGGAGGAAAGGCGCCCAGGAAGCAGCUGGCCACCAAAGCUGCCAGGAAAAGCGCGCCAUCUACCGGUGGAGUGAAGAAGCCGCACAGAUACAGGCCUGGUACAGUUGCUCUGAGAGAAAUCCGUCGUUACCAGAAAUCCACUGAGCUGCUCAUCAGGAAACUGCCCUUUCAGCGUCUUGUCAGAGAAAUCGCACAGGAUUUCAAGACAGAUCUGCGUUUCCAGAGUGCAGCCAUCGGGGCCCUUCAGGAAGCCAGUGAGGCAUACUUGGUCGGACUCUUUGAGGACACCAACCUGUGUGCCAUCCACGCAAAGAGGGUCACCAUCAUGCCAAAGGACAUCCAGCUGGCCAGGCGAAUUAGAGGAGAGCGUGCAUAAAUGUUGUGAUUUUAUCUUUUUAAUGGGGGGUGGGUGGUGGGUCUGACUGGGGUUUGUUUUUGUAAAUCUUGGAACUAUUACCAGCAUGUGUACCACCAUAUUUGUUUGUAGUUUCAGGCAUGUUUGUUCAUUUGUCAUUUCCCUUUCAUUCUUGACUAUCCUUGACUGUCCCAUUCACUGUAGAUUAGAGCUUCAUACAUGUAAAUGCUGAAAGAAGUAUUCCACUGCCUUCCUCAGGUUUGCAAGUUUAUUUUAGACUCUCUUCUCCUGUGUGUGCAUGUCAUAGGAUUUCUCGUGCUGUAAAUAAACUUUCCGCUACCUCAAA